GACACUACCACUACGGUACGCGUGCAUGAGAAAUCGGAUAUUUGUGGAAAAUCUGAAUCUUGAGGAAGAAGAAAUCCGCCAUUUGUACUUUUUGUAGAUUAUAUUUGGCUCUCGGGGUAUAGUCCGCUACGAUUGGGAAGAAACAUCACAGCAUCUCUAGAUCCUAUUAGUGUUCAUCAUCGUCUUGUCUCAUCCGAGUUUUGGAUGAGAGGAAGAAUUUCAGUCAUCAUCUUGCCAGUCAGUGUCAGAGGGGGAGAGAGAGCCUUGAAAGAGUCCUGUGUUGAUCAGACUCAGAGAGGAGUUUGAAUCGUGAGCCUGGCUGGACCUUAUCAUCUCACAGGCCAAACCAUACUGUUUACCGUCAUUUGUUGUGUUGCAAGCUCGGAACAUAUUUUCCGGAGGCGGAGAGAUUGUUGGAAUGGGUGACAUUCAUCUUCCUGCUAAGGUAAUCAAUGGUUGUGUAGCGGGUGUAGUCGGUGUGACUUGUACCUUCCCCAUUGACUUGGUCAAGACUAGGCUUCAAAAUCAACAAGUUAUUGAUGGAAAACGCAUUUACAACAACUUGUUAGAUUGUUUCAUAAAGACCACCAGGGCAGAAGGCUUAAGAGGAUUAUACCAUGGUUAUGCUGUAAAUGCCACAUUGAUCUCUCCGGAAAAGGCAAUCAAACUUGUCGGCAAUGAUUUCUUCCGCCAUCUUCUCCGCACCCCAAGGUUCGUAAAAGCAUCCCCUCCUCCGUUCCCCUCCUCAAUAAAUUACUGCGGUGUUCUGUUUGUUCCCCCAAGUCCAAGUGAAUCCAUCAAUUAUUGAGUAGUGCCCCAGCAGUUGCCAACUCCUUAAUUUUAAUGAAUUGUUUCACCUUGCACGCUUAAAGAGAAAUGCCAGUAGUUGCAGUAAACACUGAUUUCAUGAGAAAGUCUGUAAAACCAGGCUUAAUUGUCAGUAUAUCAUCGAAGAUCUAGAUCUGGUACAGUUACAUAAACUGAACUUUGUGAAAUCUUGAAAUCUAUGCUGAAAAAUGUUCACACUGAGGAUCACCAACACAGAUAGGCACACGUGGGACAGUGUAUUAUUAUUCCUAGAAUAAAGACCCGACGGAAGUGACCGAAUCCGCGCUUAUUUUGCUUAUUUCUCAGCAAUUACAUAAUUUCUUCCAGAAUCCUUUGGCCCAUAUUUUUUAUUCAUACAAACAGACACUUGGGUGGUCAUUAUAUUAGAUUCUGUAAAAAUUCAUUUUGAGAUCGUUACCAAAACUGGAAUUUAUCUUUAAGAGCGGACUAUUCUAUCACUUAGCAUUUUCUACUGUAAUUCAAACCUUGCAAAUUCAUGGAACCGCGGUAGUGCAUGCAUUUGUUUACAAGCAUAAUUGUGGUGCGUUGGAAUUGUUGAAUUUUUAAGCAAAUUCACACAAUUCUUUCUUACCAUCAUAAAAGACCACAAAUAGUAGGUGGACAUUUGAUAUUGUGUCCCCCUACUAUUACUACACUUGUCCUCAUCAAAUUGCUAUUCAUUACUCCGACUCAAAUAGCCACCCAUUAACCCAAAUUAAUUACCCUCAAAUGUGUGUUGGUAAUUACUUGCUUUUCUGUGCAUGUUUCUAGUGGGUCAGAAUUCAUUUGGUUUGAAUAUAUGUAUUUUAUACUAAAAAUAUAUACACUGGCAUGGAAUAAUUUUCCUGGUAUCGUAUUGCAAUUUGCUCCACAUUUUUGAAAGACUGCUAUGCAUUAAGUCUUUGUAUAGCAUAUUUUUACAUACAUGUAGGACUGUACAUUACUUUAAUAGUUGAGAGCUUUUCUCUUGUGACCAAAAAUGCUAUUCAAAUUUGGAAAGCAAAAUUAUUCCCUGACUGGACAGGACAUCAUUGUGUUGAAAUUAUAUACAUUGUAUAGUGUAAAAAAAGUGUCCUUGAUUUAUUGAUUAUGAUGUUCUUUUUUCAUUCAUGAUCCCCCAGAGUAUUUAAAAAGCUUGAAUCAUAUUUUUUUUCUUCAAAUCAUUCGCCUGAAUUAAAUGUCAACUGGGCAUUGCUGAUGCGCUUUCUAGCUCACUCCUUUCCGCCAGUAUUACAUCACUGACUCGUUAAUGGCCAUUUAUUAAGUUAACCCCUGACAGAAAUACACCUGGUUUGAGGUGAUUAAAUUAUGUUGUAUACAUAAUAGUAUAUACUGGGAGAAAAAGGACAGUGGCUGGUACCUGCUCAAUGUUCCCGUCAUAAUUUUUUUCUGGAUGCGUGUGGAUUCAGUGCAAGUGAUAGUUACUGUCAAUGUAAUAGGUUUACCCAAUAGUACCUGCAUAAUACACAAGCAUCCUCUGUUUUAUUUGUUUCCAAAUAAAAGGAAAGGGUUUAUUGCCUUGGUGAUGGAUUGAUUACAAGAUGGGGAAGGACAGUUUGAUUUCUAGACAUAUUUUCUACAACCGCCUCUAUUUGGCAUUUGCCUUUGUGGAAUUUCUUAUAUUUUCAGUAUACAUGUAUGUGCAUCAUGCUUUGCAUAGUAUUAGUAAUACACUAUCUAGACCACUCUAACACUCUUGUAUUAAAUCAGAUCUUGUAUUAAAAAAUAAGCAUGUUUUGAAUUUUUUUAAUAUUAGAUUUUAAGAAUAGACUCAAGCAGAUUUUUAUUUAGAUGAAAUACAUGUACACCUGUAUAUUAAAGGUGGCACUGUAUUUAAAUAAUGGUACAUACAUACUUGUAGAAAAACAAAAAAAGUAUGUUUAAAGAUCGAGGACCUCCUGUAUGUAAUCUAAAUUGUACAGAUGUAAUUUGUCAGGGAUCGUCUCACAUUUACAAUGCAAGUAGGAAAGAGAGAGCGGAAAUAGACUAGAAUGAUAUCGUGAUUAGAAUUUAAAUGAAGUUGAUGACAGAAAAAGUCAUUCAGACUGGCUAAAAGUAAAGGAAAUGAAAAUGAUGAUUAUGAUAACUAGAUUGCAGGGGUUUUGCAAGGUCUAUGCGGUUAGAUGAUCCACACUGAUUUAAAUUUUCAAAUCUGCUCCUGAAGGACAUUAAGGGAAGGAUUUAUUGUCUCCUCGUUCCCCCACAUUAUCUUUCUCAAUCAGGGAAGAUAAUUGCUUUUUUCAACUUAUGCAGGCUAUUGCCGUUUGACAGCAGCAAGACGUGAUGCCGGAAAUAACCGGAUACUUCUUUCUCACGCAUGCUGCGCGGCUCAGAAAAUAUGCUUGGGGGAUGAGAACUUUGAUAUUCCUCAUAUGCAUGUUAAUGCAUAAGGAGCAGCCCCGUUCACAUUGUAAUCUUAUUAUGUUUUCCUUUUAUCAGUAUUAAUAUGCAUGUUCAUGUAUCCAAAUUUUGUAUAUAAACAUACCUGUCUACAGUAUGUGUUGUAGGCCUUUCUUGCCCCUGCCUGUUUGAAAUGCCAUCCGUCACCAAGAGGUGUGUUUACCACGGACCGAUUAAUAUUGCAAAUGGCCCCUGAAUGGCCUGCACGUGUAAUAUAGUGAUUGCUACCCUUUUUCACGCCUUCACUCCUCGUUAAGGGUCAUUCACAUUAUCUUUCAUCUGUUGCAAUGAAUCUGCCAUGCUUUAUAUCUAGUGUAAAUUAUAUUUAGGGGUUUAGUAAUUGUUGCUAACUUGGGUGUUUACAUUUCAAAUCUUUUGCUUUUGCUCUGCAAAUAAUCUAUAAAUAACAUGCCUUGAACUUCUAGAUCCAUUCGCACAUACUAGUAUACAGCUAAAAAAAUUUUUUUGAAAACAAGGGCAAUUCAUGUUCAUGGAAUUGCAAUAAAAAAAAGGGAAAAAACAACAACACACUUAAAAAAAAAACCCAUGCGCAUAAUGUACAUUUUACAUCAUUAUUAAAAAAAACCACACAACUGCAAUAGACGCCAAUGUUCGUAAGGAUGAAGAUUUGAAUUAU